AUGUGUAGUGUUACGUACGUUCCUACAUGUUACUCUUUUGAUCGGUACAUGUGUACGAACAAUAAUACGGAGGCUAGCUUCCACGCCUCCACACGGCGGUCAUGUGAUGAUCUUUUCCGCAACGUCGCCCGGAGUAAUUGCACGAUCAAUAUAAGGUCGAUUGCUUCUCAGUCUAAUCUUGAAUUCUUGAUAGUAGAUGUAAUGAAGUUGAGUAUAUUUUACUUUAUACCCUGGUGA